AUGCUUUUCAAAGCCUUUUAUGCCCUUGUGCUCUGGGCUGCCAUGGCCCAGGCGUUGUUUGUUUCCAGACCAACUCCUCCUUCUAAAGAUGCCUUCUAUGACCUCCCACUGAACCUUUCUGACUACCAAAGCGGUGAUAUCAUUGCUAUCAGAAGAACACCAGUGGAAGUCAGGUCCUUGAUUUUUUCCAUGGACGUGAAGAACUCGUGGCAGGCGCUUGUUCGUUCGGAAGACACUUUUGGCGUACCUAACGCUUUUGUCACUACCAUCUUGGAACCCUACAACGCUGACCCUAAGAAAGUCUGGUCCUACCAGGUCUGGGAAGACGCCAACAACAUCAACUGUGCUCCUUCGUACGCUCUUUUAUAUAAAGCAGACCACGAUACGAUUACUACCCAGACCGAAGUGCCAUUUAUCCAGUAUGGUCUUUCCAAAGGCUGGUAUGUGGUUGUUCCUGACUAUCAAGGACCAAAGUCUGCGUUUACUGCUGGCCACCAGGCUGGAAAGGCUGUUUUGAACGGCAUUCGUGCUGUUUUGGAGUCUGGCGAUGUCACUGGAAUCAGUAAAGAUGCCAAGGUUGCACUUUACGGUUACUCUGGAGGCUCUUUGGCUACUGGAUGGGCUUCCCAGCUUCAACCAGCGUACGCUCCAGAACUCAAACAGAACCUUAUUGGCGCUGCUUUGGGAGGCUGGGUGACCAACAUUACGCUGACUGCUGUGGCUGCAGAUGGUACAUUUGCUGCUGGACUUAUUCCCAAUGCCUUAAACGGUAUGAUGGACGAAUACAGCCAUUAUGCCCAUAUCUUCGACAAAGAUUUAAGAAACAGAAUCAAGAAGCGUAUGUUCUACCAGGCCAAGGAGAACUGUCUUAUCAACUCUCUUACUGCAUUUAUUUUCCAUAAGUUCUUUAUUGGACUCUUCCCUUACUUUGGACUGAAGCUCGACUUCUUCCAUAUUCCAGAGAUUGCAGAGAUUGUCAGAGAAAACACUUUAGCUUACGAGAAGAACGACGGUGUUCCUGAAAUCCCCUUGUUCGUUUUCCACGGCGUUGCUGACGAAAUUGUGCCUUUCGAAGGAGCCGAAAGAGGUUACAAGAACUUCUGUGAAUGGGGAGCUCCUUCGAUCGAAUGGGCUAUUUCUGAGACCACUGGCCAUAUCAUUGAAUCGUUUAUUGGCGUAGGAGCUGCUCUUACAUGGUUGGAAAAGAGGUUUGACGGUGAAGCUGCCGUGCAAGGCUGCCAGCGUGAAAGCCGUACCAGUAACCUUGACUACCCAGGAGCAGAUGUUGCUUACCGCCAGGUAUUGAAUACCUACGUGAGAGGUAUUUUUGGUGCUGAGAUUGGAGAGGACACUGUUGACAUUCACGACUCUACUUGGCUUAGUAAGAUUGUUGCUUGGGGAUUUAGCAGGUUCCUUGGCCUUGUGGGUCCUCUUCCUCUUAAGAGAGAGGAGGUCGAGACCUUGGAGGACGUUGUGGGCAGCAGAAGCGUGGACGAGUUGUAUAAGGGAUUCCUGGAUGUGAAGGAGUUGUUUGAGGCCAACGGCAUUGAUCCAAUUAAGGUGCUUGAAGGUGAGCCAACUACUACUACUACUACUACUACUACUACUACUACUACUACUACUACUACUACUACUACUACUACUACUACUACUACUCUUACUACUACUACUACUACUACUACUACUACUACUACUACUGAUCCUAAUCCUAAUCCUAAUUCUCUCAGUGAAAUACCCUUGAAGGUUAAAAUCGUUCAAAUAUAG